AAACCCAAGAUUGGUCUGAGUAAGUGUUGCUUAUUGGUUUGUAGAUUGAAUUUUGAGAAUUGUCUUAAAUCACUUUGCAUGAUUAGAUAGAUCUGACUUUCUUUCUAUUUGAUUUGAAAAUUUUGUUCUAGAUUUAGAGUCGUCUUUAAUUUUGCUGGGUUUAUAUCUAGACAAGGGGAUAUCGAGAUACAGUUCGUGAAAACUGAGAAAUUCAAUAGGAAUUUAGUUUCAGAUGGCUGCAACAAUGGAAACUGACGAUGACAAUGAGAACAAUAAAGGUAGUAUGUAGGCUUUGGAUCUGAAGUUUGAUCAGUCCAUGGAUGAGGAGACGGCAGUCUCAAGAAUAUGUACAGAGAAAAGAUAAUGUUGUGUGGAGUGAGCUUUUCGAUCUGUUUAGACAUGGUCUGGUGGAGCAUUUCAUUUCAUUACCUAGCAUUGGAAAUUGUAAACCCAAGAUGUAUGUGGCAAGGUGGUUCCAGGCAUUGGUAACUCUGCCUUGGGAGAAUGAGAUAGAGAUUCGCCUGUUCGAUAUGGAGGAGAAUACGACGUCUCUGUCUGAGGUGUACAAACUUGGUUUUGAGUUUUGGAUCCUUCCAAGUGGGUGGGAUUGUGUCAGUGAAAUGAAAUUUGGAUGCUAUUUCUGUCUGGGUAAAUAAAUAUCGAUUUUCAUGUUGGUGGUGUACCAUUUUGAUUCUUCUAUCUAGGUUUGUAUUCAUCUUCGUUUGCACUUUUUAGUUCCCCUGUCAAAUGCUGAAUUUUAAUAUCUAUUUGUUUUUUUUUCUCUUUUUUCAUUGUAGCUUUUGAUCACGGAUUGGAAGCUUGCGAUGAGUGGUUUUUUUGUUUGUUUGUUGUCAUUGUGACUGUUUUGGUGUUUUUCCUUUUAAUUUUUCAGUUUUUGACUUUCCGUAUGGGGUGUGGGAUUGGAAUAAAUUUGUCGACAUGAAAACUCACUCCCCUAAGCUCAGUCCUGGGGGGGUCCUGCCUCAAAGUGAUGCUGGUACAUUCAAUGUUGGGGACAGAAGUGAAACCAUGGAGAUCGUUACUUCUCCAAGGAAAGAAGUUGAGAAUGAUAUAGGGAAUGAUGAACAUGAAGAGCGAAAUUGAUGGGGAUAGAGAGAGCAUGUCAAUUGGGAGAACAGUAGUGGUGGAUUGAACAUAUGGAAGUGGAGCUUAAAUGGGAUUGGAGCUAUCUGUUCAUUUCAUGUUGCUGCUGCUACCUUUUGUGUCAGUCACCAUAGAAACAAACAGCAGAAGCAGACCAGAACAUCAGCUUCCCGAUUUAAGUAUUUUCUUAGCCAACUUCUAUAGAUGAAUAUUAGUAAUUUAUUCCAUGGAAAUUUUGAUUAGUAUCCUUAUUGAGGGAACUGUAUUGAAAAGUUGUGGAGGUGAAUUUUGGAUGGAAAUUGAACUGGCUGUGAUUUUUGGA